CCCGCUGCUAUAUCUAUCAGCAUGACUACAGCCUCGUUCACUAGUUCUCUCUGUAUCUCAUUGUCUCCACCACAUCCUUGUACUUCUCUGUACAGAUUUCUCUGUGCUCCUUCCUCUCGAGCUGGGUUGGCAGAGCCUCUCGCCUUUUUAACAUUUAGAAAGUCUCACGGUUUGUUAUUAUUUAUCUCUUUUGCCUGGGGAUCAUCACAGACCCCACUGCCCACACACAGACACGCACACUUUUCUUGGCAUAUUCGAUUCUUUUAUCUUUCUCUCUUUCUCACACACACACAAACACACAAAGUGGUUUCUUUUACUUGGCGGUGUGCCAGUAGGAACUGCUGAUUAUUUCUAAAGGGCCACCACCAUGCAGAUCACUUUUUUAGCUUGAAGCUGAAGAUCAUGGAAUGUCUGCUUGGAUUCUGGCUUCGUUUCGCUCACAAUCAUCUCGCUUCCUGAAAUUUCACCUGGUGUUGAGGGAAAGCUAAGAGAAUGAAGACUCUAAGCCCACAGUGGAAGCAUGAUAUGGCGAUGCAGUGGUGGUGCUGAAUUGUUCUCUCUGAUGGCUCUAUGGGAGUGGAUAGCACUGAGUCUUCAUUGCUGGGUUUUAGCGGUUGCUGCCGUUUCGGAUCAGCAUGCCACAAGCUCCUUCGACUGGCUCCUCUCUGAUAAGGGACCCUUCCAUCGCUCACAGGAAUACACAGAUUUUGUGGACAGAAGUCGACAGGGAUUUAGCACAAGAUACAAGAUUUACAGAGAGUUUGGCCGCUGGAAAGUAAACAAUCUAGCUGUCGAAAGAAGAAAUUUCCUUGGCUCCCCACUGCCUCUCGCACCUGAAUUCUUUCGCAACAUAAGACUACUAGGACGUCGCCCAACCCUUCAGCAAAUCACAGAGAACCUUAUCAAGAAAUAUGGGACACAUUUCCUACUGUCAGCUACCUUGGGAGGAGAGGAGUCACUCACAAUUUUUGUGGACAAGCGGAAGCUGAGUAAGCGAUCAGAAGGAAGUGAUCCCAGCACCAACAGUUCUUCUGUGACUCUGGAGACUCUGCACCAACUGGCAGCCUCUUAUUUCAUUGACAGGGACAGUACUCUCCGUAGACUUCACCAUAUUCAAAUUGCCUCCACUGCCAUCAAGGUAACAGAAACCCGGACUGGUCCUCUUGGCUGCAGUAACUAUGACAACCUAGAUUCUGUCAGUUCUGUUCUGGUUCAGAGUCCUGAAAAUAAGAUUCAGUUACAAGGUCUUCAGCUCAUCCUGCCUGAAUAUCUGCAGGAGCGUUUUGUGCAGGCAGCUUUGAGUUAUAUUGCCUGCAAUUCAGAGGGGGAGUUUAUCUGCAAAGAUAAUGAUUGCUGGUGUCAGUGUGGCCCCAGAUUCCCAGAGUGCAACUGUCCGUACAUGGACAUUCAAGCCAUGGAAGAAACCCUGCUUCGCAUAAGUGAAACCUGGAAUGCUUACAACAGCGAAUUUGAAGAGUCAGAUUCUGUUGGAUCUUUGCAGAGACAAGGGAAGAGACGCAUGGAUAAUGAAGCCUGCAGUGUCUCUCCCUGCUCACAAGAAACAAAAGAUGAAUUCAAGUUCUUUAUGAAAAGGCUGCCCAUGAACUAUUUCCUCAACACGUCUACCAUAAUGCAUUUGUGGACAAUGGAUUCUAAUUUUCAGCGUCGCUAUGAGCAACUGGAAAACAGCAUGAAACAACUUUUCCUUAAGGCACAGAAAAUUGUACACAAGCUCUUUAGCCUAAGUAAGAGGUGCCAUAAACAGCCACUCAUCAGCUUGCCAAGACAGAGAUCGUCAAUCUACUGGCUAAACCGCAUCCAGUCCUUUCUGUACUGCAAUGAAAAUGGUCUUCUGGGAAGCUUUUCUGAAGAGACUCAUUCGUGCACCUGCCCUAAUGAUCAGGUCGCCUGCAAUGGUUUCCUUCCCUGCAUUGUGGGAGAUGGCUCUGCAUGUUUGACCUGUGCACCUGACAACCGCACCCGCUGUGGGAACUGUAAUACUGGAUACAUGCUGAGCCAAGGGCUUUGCAAGCCUGAAGUGGCAGACUCCACAGAGCACUACAUUGGGUUUGAGACAGAUCUUCAGGACCUGGAGAUGAAGUAUUUAUUGCAAAAAACAGACCGGAGGAUUGAAGUCCAUGCCAUUUUCAUCAGCAAUGACAUGCGCCUCAAUAGCUGGUUCGAUCCCUCCUGGCGCAAACGGAUGCUCCUUACCCUUAAGAGUAACAAGUACAAGUCUAGCUUGGUCCAUAUGAUACUGGGUAUCUCUCUUCAAAUUUGCCUAACAAAAAACAGCACCUUGGAACCUGUUCUAGCUGUUUACGUCAACCCUUUUGGAGGCAGCCACUCUGAAAGCUGGUUCAUGCCUGUGAAUGAAAACAGUUUCCCAGACUGGGAGCGGACUAAGCUGGACUUACCUCUUCAGUGUUAUAACUGGACGCUGACUCUAGGCAACAAGUGGAAGACAUUUUUUGAAACAGUACAUAUCUACUUGAGGAGUCGAAUUAAGUCAAAUGGUCCAAAUGGCAAUGAAAGCAUCUACUACGAACCCCUGGAAUUUAUCGAUCCUUCACGUAACCUAGGCUACAUGAAAAUCAACAACAUCCAAGUGUUUGGCUACAGCAUGCACUUUGACCCAGAAGCAAUUCGGGACUUAAUUUUGCAGCUGGACUACCCCUAUACUCAGGGAUCACAGGACUCAGCACUUUUGCAGCUAUUAGAGAUACGGGACCGUGUAAAUAAACUCUCCCCGCCUGGCCAGCGUCGUCUAGACCUGUUCUCUUGCUUGCUACGCCAUAGACUCAAACUAUCUACCAGUGAGGUGGUGAGGAUUCAAUCCGCUUUGCAGGCCUUUAAUGCCAAAUUACCAAACACAGUGGAUUAUGACACAACCAAAUUAUGUAGUUAACCAUCAAUGUGAAGCACAACACAAAACCUUGAAGGAGUUUUUACAGUGCUUUUGUGGAACAGUUUAUGUUUGGAAGAGUAAAUUUAAAUUGUCUUUUCAA